UAAUUAUUUCGCAUUAGUGAUAAGACCUUUGUCAUGGGUAUCACCGGCUUGAUACCGUUUCUGGAGAAGGCAUCAGCCAAGGUUCAUCUAAAGGACCUGGGCGGCAGCACCGUUGCCGUUGACACCUACUGCUGGCUACACAAAGGUGUCUUCGGCUGCGCUGAGAAACUGGCGCGCGGUGAGGAGACGGAUAUUUAUGUGCAAUAUUGUUUGAAGUAUGUGCAAAUGUUAAUAUCCUAUGACAUCAAACCCAUUCUUGUUUUCGAUGGUCAACAUCUACCGGCGAAAGCGCUAACCGAACAACGUCGACGUGAAUCACGACAGCAGAGCAAGAAGCGAGCAGCGGAAUUAUUGCGUCUAGGACGUGUCGAGGAGGCGCGCUCCCAAAUGCGUCGCUGUGUGGACGUUACCCACGAGAUGGCGCUGCGUCUCAUCCAGGAGUGUCGACUACGACACGUUGACUGCAUUGUGGCGCCCUACGAGGCGGACGCCCAAAUGGCUUGGCUCAACAAACAAAACAUUGCACAAUAUAUAAUUACCGAGGACUCUGACUUGACGCUAUUCGGUGGGCAGAAGAUAAUCUUCAAGUUAGAUUUGAACGGCACUGGGCUGUUGGUGGACGCACAAAAAUUACACCUAGCCAUGGGUUGCAAAGAGGAGCGUUAUCAUUUUGACAAGUUUCGACGCAUGUGCAUAAUGUCUGGGUGUGAUUAUCUGGACUCGCUGCCGGGCAUUGGACUGGCAAAGGCCUGCAAAUUCAUGCUGAAAACGGAGCAGGACGAUAUGCGUAUAGCUUUGAGAAAAAUACCACAGUAUCUCAACAUGCGCAACCUGGAGGUGGACGAUGAAUACAUUGAGAAUUUCAUGAAGGCGGAGGCCACUUUCAAGCACAUGUACAUCUACAAUCCGUUAGAACGACGCAUGGAGCGACUGUGUGCCCUGGAGGAUUACAAGACUGACGAAAGCUAUUGCAGCAAUGCAGGCACAUUGCUGCCAGAUAGCGAAAUGGCAUUUCACUUGGCCUUGGGCAAUCUUAAUCCCUUCACACUCAAGCGUCUGGACAACUGGCAUCCAGAGCAAGUCUCUGCGUUGAAGUCGGCGCCAGCGAAGCAUGUGAAGCGCACAAAGCACAAAAGCAUUUGGCAGGCAAAUUACAAUACAACGGAAUUGAAGGAGGACAAUGAAAAGACAACUCAAACAACUUGUGCGCUGUAUUUCAAGAAGGUGGACUUUGUGGGACAAACAAUAAAUGCGGAAAUUGAAGCCAAUCAGCGCCAAGAGCUGGCCAAGCAUACAGAAGCUGAGCUGCACAGCAUGUACAGUUUUGGGGUGAAACGUAAGCGGAGUCCGAGUGAAAGCAGCUGCAAUUCUACGCCGCCUGCAUCUCCGGCUCAAAGCAAAAGUCGCCACAAUCCAUUUGCCAAGGAUCUGCAACGCUCGCCAGUUGUAUGUAAAAAUGGUUCCUUGUUGCGUCUACUGAGUCCCAAUAAGAGCAGUCCGAGCAAGUCGACGGAGGAGCGAACAAGACCCGAAACAACGCGAGUGAAUGCCAUAAAACGUAGCAUUUUUGCCAAGGAACAGGUGGAGGUACGAAGUCGCUUCUUCAGCACGCAGACUCAAAGAUCAGAACCUAAAGAAAUGGAGAGUAAGAUCAAGGAACCAGAAGACACAAUCGAGGUAAUAGAGAGUCCAGCGGAGGGAAAAUCAGUUGUAGAAACCAACAACAAUGUUGAUAUAGUUUUACUUUCAUCCUGUGAAUCGGAUGAUUCCUCAUCUCUGACUGCAACGCUGCCCAGCAGCCAGGAAGCUGCGUUACCCAUCACAACCGUAGAAAAACUGCCGCCAAGUGCACGACGCGUUGGCUUGUCCAAGCCCAAGACAAGCAAGCGAUCCAAUCCCAAUACAAAGACUGUCAAAUCGGACGAAAGUCAAACGAAGUUGAGCAUGUUCGGCUUUCAAAAGCGUCCCGUUCUUAAGUGAGUUACGACUCGUAUGUUUACUUUUUUUUUUUUUGUUAAUUGUCAACUCAAUGUAGUAAUUAGUUCAUUAAGUUUAUUGAAUGACUAAGGCUGUGACUAUAUUCAACACUGCCCCAUUAUUAAUGUCAAGCAGCGUCAAAACAAAAAAAAAAACAAACUCAAAUAAAUAAUAUAAGAUGAAAUACUUUACAAAAUGCAAUAACAGCUGUAACAUAUUAUUUAUGGAAAUAACUCGCAUUAUACUCUGCCGACGGUGUUAUAAUUUUGCCAUCAAAAUGUAUAAGGUAUGAAAGAAAGACUGUCUAACUAAAG